AUGUCCGCCACCAUGUGUGUCCUCAAAGAGGAGCUGACCAACGACCAACAGGUGCCUUACAGUGACGGACUGCAGCCAGCAACUCCAGAGGAUGGAGAUAUGGACCCUCCGCCAGUCAUCAACUUGGGCAACGCCACUGACUUCCCCUAUUAUUUUCGAAGAUGUCUACGCAACCUUAUAAACUUCUGUGAUAACUCAACCAAUGCAAGCAGCAACGCCACCGACGCUGGUGAGGAAGCGGUCGUAGACGACUGUAACCCCAGAGACAACUUUGACGUCUUCCUGGACACAUCAGCCCGAAACAAGGGCCCAGCCUACUACCUACUCAACACCGUUGAUGAUGGUUUAGGUGAUCGAAUAUGGACCAAAGUUGGCUACAUCACUGCCAGCGGGAAAAGGGAUCUAAAGACUGUGUUGUGGCCAGGUUGGUUUUCUAGGUUUGAUAGUCUGCUAUUGUUUUGUGUGGUCUUCUAA